GCCGAGUGCCCGUUCUCUGUCGUCCUCGUGUCAGAAAAUUUUCACAAGUUUUCACGUAAACGUUGCAUAAAUGCCACCUUGAAAUUCAACUCGCAUUUAAUCUAUCUCUUUAUCAGUUCUCUCUCUCUUUUUUGUUUGUGUGUGUGCGGGACGAAUAAUUGCAGAGAGAGAGAGGAGAACGAAAACGAGCCCAGCAAUGUAUAUAUUGUCGCGGGUUGAAAUUUUGCAGGGUUGUUGAAAUCAAAUUUAGGGACUUUACUGACGGGACUCUGGGCUGGCUGCUCUGUUCACUCGUCAGCGCAAGUGGCGUGACCAUGUAAUUGGGGCACGGGGCCGGCGCGGCGCGCUGCGGGCUUGCAGAAUUUUGUUUGUUUGUUUGGCCGCGCGCUGGCGCAGCCACGGGCCGCAGUUACUGGGGCGCGCUGUCGUAACAAGCCGCGCGGUGUGGCCUGCACAUUGUGGUAGAGGGGGGGGAGUCUUCCCAGAUGUUCUAGUUAGUUGUUUAGUAAAUUUGACUUCAAUAACGAGCUUUUGUUAUGGUAGGCGCGGCAGGGCGCGCGAAUUUAAGCGCAAGUGAGUGGUGACUCGGGGCUCACUCAGGCGGAGGCUAUGCGUCUCACCUGUGGUCACGAGUUGUUAGUUCGUUCGUGAUGUAGGAAUUCAGGCUCACUCAGGCGGAAGCUAUGGUCGACGCCAGAGGCCACGAGUCGUUUAAUUUAAGUUAGGUCAUAAUGUAGUCGUCAAGCUUUCGGGCGGAGGCUAUGGCCCUCGUCAGGGGUCACGCGUCAUAGUUUUUAAAAUGUAAUGUUCGUUCGGGAUUUCAAGGGCAGGAGAGGCCCCUACGUUAUUUUUUUAAAGUAAUCGAUCAAGAAAGGCUUUUCGGAAAAUGUGAGUAUGGACUUAUCUUUGUUUUAAUUUUAAGUAUUAAUUAUGAUUUGAGGUAUUCGGAAGGACUAGGGAAGUGUUUAGUGAAGUUCUCUCAUUCUCUCUCUUGUAAGGUCGUUCAAUCGUUAAGGAAGUAAAGAGAUUAUUGUUUUAAAUUGUAAUCCUGCUAUUUAAAUGUUCUUUAAAAUGAUGUUGAGUAUUUGACUUUAAGAAUAAAAUAAUUUUAAUUAAGUAUUAUGUUAUUUUGCAAAAUCUCCUUAGUUCAGCUCUCACCAGACAUCCUGUACGGGAUGACGAACCUAUGAUCCUAGGUACAGUAAAGUAUUUUAUGAAGUUAAGACUAGUUGAUGCCAAGCGAGUUGUUUCUAUGUAAAGAGCUACGAUUCUCUCCCCCCUCUGAAGGUGGAUCGUGACAGAAAUGGCGGUGGCACCGGCUAGGUGCACGUUACAAGAAAUGGUGGAGGCGCCGGGUAAGUUCUAUUUCUGGAGAGAGAGAGAGGUAGAUUUUUAUGUUUAUUAUUAAGUUAGUUUCAGCUUCUGAUAGCAGGUUAUUAAGAGUUUACUUGAGGAGAGGAUUACGGAAUUUUAGUCUAUAGUGGAGGAAGUCUUUGAGAUUUUUUUUUUGACGUAACAGAUGAUUAUUUGAGUAUACUUGUAAGGAUAAAGUUUAUAGUGAUAAGUUGUUUUAAGUCGUUGAGUUUAUCGGGGAUUUUUACGUGAGGAGAAUACGUUAUAAUUUAAAUACUUAAUAAAGAUAAUGCAAGUGGUUUAGUUUUAUUAAAGUUAAUUUAAGAUUGUAGGUUAAGAGAAUUAUAAUUUAAAAUAAAAAUUUUUUGUCGUAAAUAGGAAUUAUUUUCAAGUGAAGUUUGUUUUGUUGUCGUGCGCGUAGGAGACGAGACGUACGAAUUAAAUCAGUCGAGGGAAGGAUAAACGUUAGAAAGGAAUUAAAAAGAAAACGAGAGUUUAUGUAAAAGAGAGUUAUAGAAUUUAUAGUGAUGUUUUGUUUUAAUUAGAAAAAUGUUGAGAGUUGUUUCAGAACGACACGUCAGUGGACGUGGCAGAGUGAACACGUGACGGGGAGGUGCUGAGACCUAGCGGAGAACGGAGGAACCGCAAGCGAGGGUUGGCGCACCUGAUGGAAUUCGGUGACGUCACGAGCACGUACAGAGACGUGGACCGUGGACGGCCGUGACCUUGUUUUGAUCAGCUGUACGGUAACUUAGCGAUAAGAAAAUAGACUAUUGGUUAAAUAAAUUUAAAUUUAAGUGUGUUUUAGAAGAAGAGGAACUUUCAGUAUAUUCCUUAAGAUGAGCUGAGCAGCAGUCCAGUUUACAAGAUGACAAGAGUUCGAGAGACAAGAUACAAGAUCACUGAAACAAGAGCCAAGACUGAAGAUUCAAGAGAAGAGAAAGCUGGCAGCCAUGGACUUACAAGUGGAGAUUAAUAAGGUCAUGUAAAGUUUUAUUUUUUUUUAUGGAAGACAGUAACUGGAGUUUUUUUUUGUUAUAAACAUUAUUUACAGAACUUUUUAGGUUAUAGUAAUGUAAUGGAACUAGUGAGUUGUGGUAGCUGUCAAAAAGAACUAAUACCUUAAGUUUAAUUUUUAAAGUUAAUUUUCUUAAUUUACAGAGGGAUUAGUAGUUUUUUUUAAAACCUUAUUUAGGUUGGAAUUUAAAUACAAUAGCUUAUUAUAAAUGUGUACGAACAGUUCAAGUUCACAGUACUGAUAGGUAGGUCAGAUGAUCUUAUUGAUUUUGAUGAUUUGUUGUUUUGAGUUGAUUUUUAAGUGUUGUGAAUUAGACAAUGAAAUAGUUCUGAAAACUUAAAUUAUUUCAAGCUAAGAAAUAGUAAAUUUAAUUGUAACUCGAAGGACACCAGAAUUUACUUUUUUUUGAAUUAGUAAUGUUUGAAAAUUUUAUACUUUACAAGAAAGGUUAUAAACAAACAGAUCGGAUGGAACAAGGAUGCAGUAAAUCACAAUUUCAGUUAGAAUUAUUGAUUUGCUUUUGAGGUUAUGAAGGAAAAGUUGCUAUAAUUUAAAAGUUUAAAUAAAAUGUUUUUUUUUUUUUUUUUUUUUAAAUUUGUUUGAAAUAGAAAGUUUAAAAGUUAAUUAGUCAUGAUCUAGGUGGGUGAUGGGGUGGGAAUUGGCCACUCUUUUUCCCUAUAACCUCCCUAACAUGGCCUUCUAUUACAACUAACAGAAAUAAAGAAGAAGAAAAAUGAAGAAUUAUUAGUUAGAAUGUUUCUUUCAUGAAGAUACCUGAUGAACUUUUACUGUUUGGAAGAAUAGAAGCAAGGUUAGUCAGAUAUUUUUACUCAGAAGAAGAAGAAGAUAAAGCAGUUUUAUGACUCGACAAGCCAGAGAUUGGUGUUUCCCCUCUGCGCUUCUAUUGACUACGUUGUUUACUCUCAUGGGAUAGCUGGUUCGGCACCAUGGAGAGAGAUUGGUGGGCAUUGUGGUUGCCCCCAGAAGAAAAGAAGAGUAGAAGAGGUUAUGGGUGGGCCAUGUGAACUGACCUUCAACCCAGUUACUUCGUGGGGACUAUUUGCUGUAUAGAGAAGAUCAAGACUCAAGAGUUAGGGAAAAUCAUUGGAGGUCAUGUUUCCCUUCCUUAAGUUUUUCCUAUCAAAUUAUUUGCCUGAUUAGAUUAUGCUAAGGGUGGGAUACUUUAUGUUAGCAGUUGAAUUAAUUAAUUUUAUUUUUUUGUGUGUUUGCAUCCUUGCCCAUCGAUUGCAGUUUAGUAGUUAGUUUUGUAUUUGUCAGGCGUGAUGGUAAUGCCUGUUGAUGAUGUUUCAGAAUUGUAAUCUGUUCGUGAUGAGGAUGGCACAACUCCGAAGCAGAUGUGGGGAGAAGUUGUGAGCUGCCCUGGAAGCCAGUCCAGUAGCUGUUGGAGUUGAGUGGUGUUUGCUGAUGGCCAGCCCAGGGAGCUACUCUUCUCGACAACACUGACUUCGAGGAGUUGCACCAACCUUCACGAGAUAAGAGUUUAAUUAAUUGAAACACUGUAAGGACACUUAAUUUUUUUUGAAGAACGAAAGAAGUAUGGUAAUAAACGGAAACCGAAAAAAAAAAAAAAAUAAUAAUUAUCAAGAAUUUGCACAUUGUUUAACGAAUACUGAGAAACUAAGAACAGUAAUUUAAUUUGUAAAGAGAGCUUCACUAACAGAACAAUUUUUUUAGAAUUGAGAACUCGAGCCUCUGAAGGUUCCUGUGAGAACAAACCAGAUAAAAGUUUUACAUUUAAUUUUAUGAAUACUUGUUGUUUUAAAAUAAAUCUUAUGCAGAAUCUAGAUGUAUGUUCAGACAGCAAGGAACUAAGAAAAUUAUUAUUUUUGUGAAAUGAGGAAUUUAUAGUUAUGGUUUAAUGGAAAAAGACAAUUUGUAAUUUUGAGGUAGCUCGAUGGGGCUCGAGCUCUGUGAGGGGAGGGUUAUGUCGCGGGUUGAAAUUUUGCAGGGUUGUUGAAAUCAAAUUUAGGGACUUUACUGACGGGACUCUGGGCUGGCUGCUCUGUUCACUCGUCAGCGCAAGUGGCGUGACCAUGUAAUUGGGGCACGGGGCCGGCGCGGCGCGCUGCGGGCUUGCAGAAUUUUGUUUGUUUGUUUGGCCGCGCGCUGGCGCAGCCACGGGCCGCAGUUACUGGGGCGCGCUGUCGUAACAAGCCGCGCGGUGUGGCCUGCACAUUGUGGUAGAGGGGGGGGAGUCUUCCCAGAUGUUCUAGUUAGUUGUUUAGUAAAUUUGACUUCAAUAACGAGCUUUUGUUAUGGUAGGCGCGGCAGGGCGCGCGAAUUUAAGCGCAAGUGAGUGGUGACUCGGGGCUCACUCAGGCGGAGGCUAUGCGUCUCACCUGUGGUCACGAGUUGUUAGUUCGUUCGUGAUGUAGGAAUUCAGGCUCACUCAGGCGGAAGCUAUGGUCGACGCCAGAGGCCACGAGUCGUUUAAUUUAAGUUAGGUCAUAAUGUAGUCGUCAAGCUUUCGGGCGGAGGCUAUGGCCCUCGUCAGGGGUCACGCGUCAUAGUUUUUAAAAUGUAAUGUUCGUUCGGGAUUUCAAGGGCAGGAGAGGCCCCUACGUUAUUUUUUUAAAGUAAUCGAUCAAGAAAGGCUUUUCGGAAAAUGUGAGUAUGGACUUAUCUUUGUUUUAAUUUUAAGUAUUAAUUAUGAUUUGAGGUAUUCGGAAGGACUAGGGAAGUGUUUAGUGAAGUUCUCUCAUUCUCUCUCUUGUAAGGUCGUUCAAUCGUUAAGGAAGUAAAGAGAUUAUUGUUUUAAAUUGUAAUCCUGCUAUUUAAAUGUUCUUUAAAAUGAUGUUGAGUAUUUGACUUUAAGAAUAAAAUAAUUUUAAUUAAGUAUUAUGUUAUUUUGCAAAAUCUCCUUAGUUCAGCUCUCACCAGACAUCCUGUACGGGAUGACGAACCUAUGAUCCUAGGGCACGAUAGCGGACUUCACCCCGCCGCUGCCGCCCAUGGUGCCGGCCGUGGUGGUGCACUGCGUGCAGGAGGUGGAGCGGCGCGGGCUGGGCGAGGUGGGCGUCUACCGGGUGUCCGGCUCGGACCGCGACGUCAAGGCCCUCAAGGAGAAGUUCCUGCGGGGCAAGGGCGUGCCCAACAUCUCGGGCGCGGACAUCCACGUGGUGUGCGGCUGCGUCAAGGACUUCCUGCGCUCCUUGAAGGAGCCGCUGGUGACCCACGUGCGCUGGCAGGACUUUGUGCGCGCCGCCGACACGGCGGACCCCGACGACUCGCGGGCGGCCAUGUACCAGGUGGUGUCCAGCCUGCCGCAGCCCAACCGAGACACCCUGGCCUUCCUGGUGCUGCACCUGCAGAGAGUGGCGGAGUGGCCGGAGUGCAAGAUGCCGAUGGAGAACCUGGCGAAGGUGUUUGGGCCGACCGUGGUGGGGUACUCCUCCAGCGAGAUCGACGGAGCGGCUCUGGUGCGCGAGACCAAGAAGCAGGUUGCCCGGUGCAGGCGCUAGCGUCCUUGAAUGAGACGGUGCAGGCGUCCUUCGACGUCGACCAAGAUGGCGGCGUGCUGGCGCGAGACCGGCGCCCUGCCGUCCACGCCUCCAUGGCCCUGAUGAGACGUCUGCUGGUGGACGCCCAGGCCAAGUUCCGCAGGAUGGUAGAGGACAACAAGCAGCUGGCGGCUCGCAUAGACUGCGACAUCCAGUGCGCCCAGGACGGAGUGGCGGCCCUGCGCGGGGAGCUGGCCGACACCAGUCGACGCCUCGAGGAACACAUCAGCUCCAGCGCGAGGAGCGGCGGCGGAGUUGCGGCGGGCCUCCAGUUCGACGUGGUGACGGCUCCGGUGCGAGAGAGCGCCAUCUUGGACGACGAGGAGGACGACGAGGAAGAAGAGGACGCCGGGGACAUGGUGGCGUCCGGCGGCGGGAGCGAACAGGCGUCGUCGCGCGACUGCGACAACAAGGACUUCCUGCCGCCUUCGCCCCUAGCGGCGGCUGCGGCGGGCUGCGCGUCGCUGGACGGCGUGAUGGGCGGCGCGCGCGGCAAGAGCAAAGCGGUGCUGGAGAACAACAACCCAGCGACGGCGAUACGCCUGCGGAUGGAGAACGAGCGGCUGCAGGCGGAGGUGGCCGAGCUGCGCAAGCUGGUGGGGUCGGGUGCUGCCCUGCGCGAGGGCGACGCGGGGGAGCAGAUACGCGCCCUCGAGAUGGAGCUUCAGCACGCCAGGGAGGCGCUGGCGGCCCUGAAAGCAGAUAGAAAACGACUUAAGGCUGAAAAGUUUGAUCUCCUGAACCAGAUGAAGCAGCUGUACGGAACUCUGGAAGACAAAGAAAAGGAGCUCCGGGAUUUCAUCAGGAAUUAUGAACAGCGGAUGAGGGAAAACGAGGCGUCUCUGCAGCAGCUGUCGACGGAGCGCGAGGAGCGCGAGCGCGAGCGCUGGAGCCUGCUGAGGCACGCGCGCGACGAGGCGGAGCGCAGCCUCACGCUGGCCGCCCAGCUCGAGGUCAAGGAGCAGCAGAUGCAGCAGCUGCAGGAGCAGCUGUACGAGGCGCGCCGGCAGCUGGCGAGCGGCGGGGGCUGCCUCUCGGACCAGGAGAGCCUCGCCUCCAUGUCUAUCUCGGUGUCCCGGGUGAACGGCUCGUCGGGCGGGCUGACCACGCCCACGGCCGCCGCGGGCCUGCCCCCGGGCCACCACCUGCUGCUCGGUGGCGGCGGCGGCGGCGGGGGCGGGGGCGGGCUGCAGCCGGGGGACCGGGGGUCCUGCAGCGCCGACUCCGGGGUCCGGGGCAGCUCCGACCGCGAGUCCGGGGGCGCCACGUCGGGGGGCGGCAACCUCUCCGACUCCACCACUGACGGCACGUCGACAAUCGCAGUGGAGGGGAACAAUGCAGACAUGGACGCGAUAUCUGUAGUCUCGUCGAUAGCGGCUCCUCACGCGUACCAACCCACGACCCCCAAGGACUGCAGCCCCUCCUUGUCGCCGCUCAACGCCAACACUUUCUCAAAGUCGAUCGACAACAGUGUUUUAUCGAGGUCAGUGGAGCAGCUGAGCAACGCGCCGGCCGUGGGAGACACGGAGCCACGCCGCGCGGGAAAGGCCCAGCAGGCGCGCAGUAGCGGCGGGAGCCGCGGCGGGACGUGGGGCAGCAUCUCCCGGGUGUUCGCGCGCAGCCGGCACAGGAAGGCCGCCAGCCCCAGCAGCCAGGAAGACCCGGGGGACCCGUACCGCAGCUGGUCCCCGCUCACCGAGGAGGGCUACGCGGAGAAGCUGCGCCUGCUGCGCGAGGCGGCCUCCGUGCCCAUGGAGCGGUGGCGCGCCCCCACGGUGCUCGCCUGGCUCGAGAUCGCGCUGGGCAUGCCGCAGUACGGCCCGCGCUGCGCCGAGAACGUCAAGAGCGGGAAGGUGCUGCUGGAGCUGAGCGACGUGGAACUGGAGGUGGGGCUGGGCAUCGCGCACCCCAUGCACCGCAAGAAGCUGCGGCUGGCCAUCGAGGAGCACCGCCACCCCUCGCUGGUGCGCUACCCCUGCAUCGCCCAGCUGGGGCACACCUGGGUGUCCAGCGAGUGGCUGCCGGACCUCGGCCUGGCGCAGUAUUCUGAGAACUUCGCCACGAACAUGGUCGACGCAAGGAUGCUGGACCAUUUGAGCAAGAAGGAGCUUGAGAAGUUUCUCGGCGUCACGAGAAAGUUCCACCAGGCUUCGAUCGUGCACGGGAUCCACCUGCUGCGGAUGAUGAAGUACGAUAGACAGGCGUUAGCAGUCAGGCGGCACCAGUGUGAGAACCUCGACGCCGACCCUCUGGUGUGGACCAAUCAGAGAUUCAUCAGAUGGGCCAGGAACAUUGACCUCGGCGAGUACGCAGACAAUCUGAAAGACAGCGGAGUGCACGGCGCGCUGGUGGUGCUGGAGCCGUCGUUCAACGGCGACACGAUGGCCACGGCGCUCGGCAUCCCGCCGUCCAAGAACAUCAUCCGGCGGCACCUGAGCGCAGAGCUGGAGGCGCUCGUCCUGCCGGCCAGAGCUGCGUUUGAGCACUUUGCGCGUGUAGGCAGUGCGCAGACGGAGACUCGUAGGCGCUCGGACAAGUUGGUCGGUGGGGGCAGUUUGGGGCGGAGUUUCUCUCGCUCGUACGCGGGAGGGUUGUCGGAACGUAGCGCCGGUCCGCCGCCCGACCCCGACAAGGAGCGGCGACGCGCUAGCCUCAGACGCUUGUUGAGCCGGGUGACGAUGGUUUCCCAGGGCUCUAUAAGCCGUGCCCUCGGCCUCAAGCUGGGGCCCGACCCAGGCAAGCGGCGGGACGGGCGGCCGGGCUCCAACCACGUCGCCUCACCGUCGUCAUCGUCGGAGAACGGCUCCCGGGGCUCCCCCCCGCCGCCGCCCCCGGCCGCGGCGCCCCGGAGGCGUCCCGCCCACAACCACCACCACCACCGCAGGGCAAAGUCCAUCGGAGACAUUGACGUGGCGACGCCUCGGACCCCCGUCUAGCCUGGCCGCGCCGAGGGAAGGACGCGUCGCUGUUGGAUCCAAGACCGCACAACGCAAGCCGUUCGGACACUGCCGCACCGUCUCAAGCAAAACUAAACAAACUUUGACAGCGAUGAUAGCGCUUACGGUCGCACAUAUGUGGCGCGCAGUAUAAACAUCACGUCCGUUACAAAGCGAAUCUUCUUGUUGUGAUGUUCUAGCUGGAGUUUGAAGUAAAAUAAAUUUAACUUUAAAACUGUUGAUUAUCAUCUAGAUGAUUUUGCAAAGAAAAAAAAUUAUAUAUAUUUUUUUUAUUUAUUUAUUUUUUUUUUUCAGUUUUCUGAUGUUCAGUUGGAGCUUUUAAUUUCUUUCUUUUGUUUCCCAGUGUCGUAGCCUGCUUGGCAUCAACUUAAUGUUAGACACGUCACCAACAGAAGACGCGGAGGCUUCUGAUUCGUCACCCAGCUGAUGAAUCUUCGCAAAUGAGUUUUGAGAGAGUAUGUAAAUGCUGCUGCCCUUGUGUAAAAAUAAUCUGCUAUAAAUGUUGUGAUUUUUCUCAAUCCAAACACUUGGGGAAAUAUCAACAAAAUAAGACUCAUAUUGGUUUCACGAACACUGGACUUAUUUCAAAAUGAGAAAAAUAAAUAGCGUAUUAACUUUAAUUAAAUAACAUAUCAAAAAAUAUGUGUACAGAAAAUGAUAAAUUAUUUCUUUUGACAGCAUUUCACAAAUGCUACUUGUAAAUAUAGUAAUACUUGAGGAAAAUAUUCAUAAAAAAUGUUACGAUAUUAAAGAAUUAUUAUAAAUUUCAUUUUUGAACUGUCAUUAAAAAAUUAAUAAUGUCUGCAUAAUGUGCACUGCUUGUUUCUCAACUAUUCUGAUUGAACGCUACCGCUGUUUGACUUUGUGCAAAAAUUCAUAGUGUUGGUUGUGAUACAAAAUAGCGAAUCAUUAACAAAACAGCAUGCCAUACCCACAAUGUAAGGCAAAGUUACAUUUAUCUGAAUAGGAGUGAGACAAAAUUUCAAAAUUCAAAAAUGCAGAAAAAAAAACUUAUUAGUAGAAAAGUAACAGUAUGGUGUAUUUGCCGGAAAACAGUGAAAACAUUAAGAACAGGGCAUGAAUAACAAACAGCUAGUAAUUUUCUCUGUAAAAUAAAGCUGUUUCGUAACCACAACAAUAAAUAAAUAAAUAAAUAAAUAAAUUGUUCUACACAUUUGCAAUAAAAACACAAGAAUGUGGUUAAAUUUAAAGAACUCUUUAUGGGGAAAAAAAUGUAGAUAUGUUUGUUAUUUGUAUGUAUGAACAUGCCGAUAAUUUAUUCUAACCUCGUCAAUCAACCUGGAUUAUGUGACAACUAAUUAUAAAUCUGGGGAUGUUAUGUUGAAAGUAUCAGAUCUGAAAGUACAAACAUAUAAAAUUACAAUUUUUUGUUUGUACUUAAGCACAUGUAUUAUUUUUGUUGGUACCGUUCGCAGAGAUAUAAAUUAAGGUUGACAUAUGGAUUUUUAUUUUUUUAUAACACUAAAACUGAAGUAAAAACAAUAUUAUUAUUAUUAUUAUUACUAUUUGUUAGACAAAUAUUUGUGAAAUGAACAUGGGUUAGUUUUUGUUUUGUUUGGUAUCCACUAUAAUUUUCACUAUAUGUGAGUUUGCUCAAAAAUAACAGCCAUGUUAGCUCAUAAUGUGAAAAUAAUGACAAAUGGAAACUAAUAUGUCACAUUUUCAAAAUGAAAACUUUUUUUUUUCUCCCACAUUUCCUAAAUGAGAACUAUUGUGUCACAUUCUGAAAAUGGAAAUUUAUUGUGUCAUUUUCAAAAUGGAAACUAUUGUGCCACGUCUUAUAAAUGAAAACUAUAGUGUCUCAUUUUGUAAAUGAAAAACUUCUGUGUCACAUUCUCUAAAUGGAAACUGCUGUGACACUUUUUUAAAUUAGAACUAUUCUGCCAAGUUGUAUUACAAUUAGCUUAACAGUAGAGACUAACAGAAAUUAACUUGACUGCCAUGAUGAACGGAUAAAAUAUGUCCAGUUUAUCGUAAAGUAGUUUCAAAAUCAAAAUGGAAGACAAAUACAGUAGAACCCCGAUUAUCCGCGACUCGAUCAUCCGAUUCGCGGAUUAACCGCGAUUUAUGUCCAUCAAGUCCAAUUUUUUAGUUACAUAUAACCAAUGAUUCAAAAUGUAUGUAAAUGUUAAAAUACUUUGCAAAAUGUAUGUUGGUCAAAGUACUUUGACUCAGUUAUGUUUAUAUACACAGAAAGUUUAAAAAAAAAACUUGUACAUACAUACGUAUGUACAUAAUAUUUUUUGUGUUCCGUGUUACGUGAAUAGAUUAUACACUGGUGCGCGAUUCCACGUCCGCAUGACCGGACUGUACACUCCCGCGCGCAGCACGGCGCCGUGCCACAGAGAUUACCCGGCGCAUGGAGACAGUCCAUUCCAUUAGUGUACGUUGUUGAAGCGUGAAGGUGGUGAUAAUUUUAUGUAUUGUAACAGUGAUCUGCAUUCCGACGGAUUAUACCGUUGUGUUGUGCGGAAGUGUUGAGCGCAACAUUUCAUAAUGUCAUCAAAUGAACAGAAAAGAAAGCGAGUGGUACUGUCCAUCGACAGCAAAACAAAAAUUAUAGAAAGAUUUCAGAGUGGAGAAACGAUUGCAAAUAUGCGACUGAGUUUAAUGUCGGUAACACAACAGUGCGCGACAUCAUAAAAAAUCGCGAAAAAAUCCUUCAGUUUGCUUCACAGGCUGACACUUCAAGUGGAUUAAAUAAACGCAAGACGAUGAACGAAUCCACAUUUAGCAGCUUGGACACUUGUUUGUUUGAAUGGUUUCAACAGAAAAUGUCGGAGGGUGUAGCAUUAAGUGGCGUAAUUUUAUCACAGCAGACGUAAUUUUUUAAAAAAAAACUAGGUUUGACAGAAGAACCAUUUUCCUGUUAUAUUACUUCUCCGUUAUUUUAUUAGCACCGACUGUACUGAAGUGUGUGUGUUGCAACUAGUGCUUGGCACGCAAGAUAAAUUCAGCUUAUCACUUUCUGACGCGGCGCAGUGAUACGACGGUGUUUGUUUAUUUCAAAACUCAGCUAAGAGUGAACGGAGAAUAGAUAUAACGACCCCUCACGGUUCCCGAGAUUAGGGUCGUUAUAAAGAGGUGGUCGUUAUAAGAUUUCCGACCCAUCUGCAACACUAAGUCUAGGCCGUUUUUGCACUAAUUCCACGUUCAGCAAGCUAAAAAUAAAAAAUCUAACAUUUUAAAUUCAUAUAAAUAAAGGGGGAUAAAUACACCGUGAAUUAUACGAGACAGAGACACCGUUUCAAAACCAUCAAAUCAAGUCUCAAUGCACUGGUAUGAAAAAUCUUAUCUCGAAAAGAAUUUUGAAGGCAGUCGUUAUGUAAAACAAUAACCAGCCCGAUGGUGUUACUGACAACAGAGCAAUGAGCUAAGUGUGGCAGCGUCGCUUACGGGCAAUGAAAAGAAUGCGUGACCUUGGCAGCUAUCAGCUGUCUUGGGCCCUCGGACUGGCGGGCGGCUAGUCACACACCUCGGUGCAACAACAACUCGCGUGCCCACGUCUCCGCACACGAAAGACUUAAAAACCACUGCUGCCCAGCACUAAGCAGUCCGCUUCUAUGUCAACAACGCACACAAAGCAUGUGUAUAUAUGUAAUCUCCGAAUGUCCACAGAUGGCUGUCUGUGGGCUAAUGACCUUUGAGGCAAGCAUAACUCGGCUAACCGCGUUUUUCGAUUAUCCGACUCACUCGUCCCCUUCAUUAACACAGAUAAUCGGGGUUCUACUGUAUAAAGAAACAAAUGAGUGUGUAAAUAAAUCCAUUGACACAUUCCUAAUCCCAGUAAUCUGACAUUAAAAUCACUUAUUUAGAAAAAUACACUUCAGGGAACUGAAUUAAAAACGGUUUACCUGCAACAGUAUUUUUCUGACAUAGCCACUGCAGUUUGCAUACAAUAAGAAGUUUCUAACAUACCUGCUGCAGUAUAUAUAUUUGAAGGAAAAAUAAUUCAUAGCCAUUGCUGUUUGCUUAAGAGUUUUUUUGGACACUGCAAUUGCAGUUUGCGCACAAUUUUAGUUUCUUAAAUGAAGCAAUAGUUUCUAUUUCAGAAUUUUAAAUCAUAGUUAAAAGUACUGUGCUAAGCCAAAAGUUUAAGUUAAAAAAUAACCGCAGAUUAACAUGCAUAUCACUUUAAUUUGAAAGCCUAAUUUGUAAUCUGGAAUUAUAAAAUGCAAAUAUAUCUGUUAAUUUGCAGCGGCCAGUCAAAUAUAUCAUCAUCCUCAAUUUAUCAAAACUUACUCAAUUUAAGCUAUUCACUAGUUUAUUAGUUGAGGCUUUUCCACAUGAUAUGAAAACUACUCUUAUUCAUGAUAUUGGCUCAACUCAGGACUUUAUGCAAGAAGGUUUUAGUAAUUAUGAGACGUCACAUUCUUGUUCACAAAUCAAUGUUACGGUGCUGGGAGUGCUUACAAAAUUGACGGAAGCUACAUUAUUAAUAUGUAUAAGUGAAAGUUCAAAUCAUGCAAUGUAUUUGUACAAUUGACAUACAUACUAAAAGCCCCAGAGAACCCAUAGCCAAUUAAUUUCUUCUAACAAGAAAUAUUGUGGAAAUAUGUAAUUACAACUACAUCUGAUUUUCACAGCUGGUGUGGAAGGUGUGUAUAAAUUACCACAAAGUUCAUUUGUCUUUUAUUGAUGGUGUUAAACAGCUUUUAAACAGUUAUGGAUUAUAAUCAUCUUCAAGUUAGGUACAGAUCUCACAGUAAGCAUCUAAUGUUGUUAUUCCAUAUGUGCGAAAGGUGUUUUUUUCCCUUAACUAAAUUGUAGAUUUGUUCAAAUCAUUCUCUCUCUUUGCUCAUUGCAAUUCUACGAGUUGACCUAGCAAUCUGGCACUCUACUCUACAAAUACUAAUUUUGGCUGACAUCACAUGAGUAUAGCAAGAGACACUCAAAUAAUUUAUCUCAAUAUGUCCCUUAUUUAAAAUAAUAAUUAAUAUAUUCACAUACCUACGUUAAUGAUCAAAAAAUUUUUUUUUUCACAAUAACACAGGUUUUGUUCGUACAGUAAUGAGACUGGGUCUGGUAAAAAGAACUUACUGAUCUGAUCGGUACAGAUUGAUAAAAUUCUUAAGUCUCCUUGAGCAUCGAUACACUGCUGCCAAUGCGAUUACAACGCUGCAAAGACUCCCUGGAAGUCAGCUAUCGUAACCUCUUUCAGAGACACUGUUACAGCUAUUUGUAUGGUGGGAACAUCUUCAAAGCAGUGACCUUUCAGGAUUCUCUUGGGCUGUGGGAACAGGAAAAAGUCGAGUGGACUCACAUGCAGGCUGUAUGGUGGCUGUGGCAAGGUUGCGACCCCUAUCCAGGCCAGGUAGGUGCUCACAAAGAAGGCAGUGUGGGCUGGAGCAUUGUCGUGAUGAAGCUUCCAGCAAUCGGCAAUUUCCAGUGACUGCUCUGUGCAGGCACACAAGGACUUCAUUGUAGAAAAUGGCGUUGACGGUUUGUCCCAGGGAUAAAAAAUUCUGUGGGGACCACCCCAUGCUUGUCAAAAAGACAACGAACGUUGUUUUUACCUCAAAAUUCUCGCCAUUUUUGGGGCGCGGGGAGAUGGAGGUGUGCCACUCUGAACUUUGGCGCUUGGUUUUGGGGUUAUGCUGGAAUACCCAUGAUUCAACGCAUGUUAUUAUGUCUUCUAAAAAGACCAGUUCACUUUCUAAUUGCUCCAACAUCUCACGGGAAAACGUCAACUCGUUUUUGUUUGUCGCCAUUUUGGCACCAAUUUUGCACAAACCUUCCGCGUGUACAAAUUUUUAGAAAUAAUUUUGUGAACCGUUAUUUUGCGCAUGUUGAGGUCUUGGGCGAUUAUUCUUGCACUCAAACGACGGGUCAGAAUUUUCGUCCAAACCACUCAUUGAAGUGCGUCCGGAUCGUAACGUGUCUUCGGCGGUCUCCCGUCCGUUCUUGAACUCACUGAACCACCGGAAAACCUGGGCCCUUGACAGGACAUCGCUUCUGUAAGCCUUCUUAACCAAGGCAAGUGUUUCGGAAGCGGUUUUUUCCAGGAGAAGGCAAAAUUUUAUCGCGUUACAUUGCUCCAGCGAACCCUCCAUUUUGGAUGUUUUCCGCCAUAACAAAAACUCAAAAACAGCUUUAGCGCCACGCGUGAUCCUCACUGAGUCAGAUCUCAGGCUUGACUGCCACCAGGGCCAUGGCUUAGUUUAGACACCCCCCCCCCCCCCCCCCCCAAACCAGGGACCGUCCUCCGGGCGACUGGAGAACCACGCGGCGGCCAGUCUCAUUACUGUACGGACAAACCCUGUAGUCAUAUUUUUAUUAUAUAUUCACGUUCCUACAGUAAUGUUCAUAUUUUUUGUUAUUUAUGUGUCUGCUUAUUAAAAAGUUGUUUGUGAAUGUACAUCUGAUUUAAUGAAGUUGAGGUAGUUUUGUUUCUUUGCAAACAAGAAAGAUAGCACAUCAGGGAGAACAGUAAAGCACUUCAAAACAUUUUUCAGCUUUGCCAUUUAAACUGUUUGCAGUCACGAGGUAAGCAGGGAGGUACUGUGAUGUUACGGUAGUGCCCGGCCAGUCCGGCUCCUGCCGAGAUCACCAAAAGUGUAUACUAAACAAAAUUUGCCUUAAAAUUCACAUAAUACAAGUAUUAGAUGGGUAAAACCAUAAAAAUUGAUUUUUUUUUUUUUUUUUUUUGAUUGUAGAGUAAAAAUUAAAUACCACAGUAUGUGACUGUUAAAGAAGUUUAAAUUACAAAAUACUGAUAAUUUUUUUUUAUCCUGUUCGGACGAGGGGGGUGCCGAUUGGAGGGACUUCAGUGCACUGUUUUAGACAGGGAAAACUCAGGAAGGUAUCGACUGUGGCUUCUAUCAUGGGCGUCGCAACCGGGGGGGACGGGGGGCAUACGUCCCCCCCAAUAAUAAAAGUCUUCAAUUUUGUCCCCUCCAAUAAUAUAUUUAGUUUCGUAGUUAUAUUAAAAAUAUGAUUUCUGUGAUACAACCCAUAUGUUGCGCAUGGUGAAUUUAGUCCAAUCGUGUUAAUGUGAGCACUUUUUAAUUUGAUCUUUGUGUAAAAUCAAAAUCAGGUCCGAUACCAAAGUGCACCGAUAGCAGAAAGCCGAGACGAGUCGAGCCUUCCAUUACAACCAACUAUAAUUAGAAUAUUUAGGAAAGAAAAAUGCCUAAAAACCACUUUUUUGCACCUUCAAACCCCAAAUUUUCCCGGGGGAGUACCCCCGGAUCGCCCGCUUUUUUUCCAGGGGAUAGAUAUUCCUCAACAACUAAAUCAAUUGAAGUCCCCCCCCCUCAAAAAAAUAUAUCCUUGCGACGCCGAUGGCUUCUAUUAAAGAACCAAGCCAGCACUUGCCUGGGGCGAAACAGCGGGGAAAACAAAGAUCGGGACGUGAAGCGCCAGGGUUGGACCCGGGUGCACCAGAAUGAGAGUCCAUUUUGUUGUUGCAUCUGCUCCUGAUCCUCACAGCUCCUGCUUGCGGUAGGAGUGCCGAGGGCAUGACCAAAGUUACUUUUUUUUUGCUCUUGCGGUUUGAACGUCCACCUCCACACUGCUUCAGUUAGAUGGAACGCUAAACAAAUAAAAAAUUAAUUUAAGUGCGUUUUUUUUUUUGUGAUACUUUGCAUUCUUUUUUCCGGAAGUAAUACUGCAGCAAGCAUUCGAUUAGAUGAGCACAAUGCUGACGCGUCUUUUAUUUCAUGCACUCAAUGCCCUUCGUCCUGAUAAAAAUGUUUCGAGACAAAUCGUCACCAUCUGAAUUGUUCGCAAAGAGCCAAGAACACCUAAUCUAGUAGGUAUUUAGAGAGCUUGCUAACAGAACUUUAUUGACAGCACAAAUUAUACGGCAAAGUAUGAUAAUGUUCAGGUAUAUAAAUGUAAUUUUAUUAAUAUGAAAUAUUUUCAAGAUGAUAUAAUUCUAAAGAUGUCUGUUAUGUAUUAUUUUGUUCUUUUUUAAUGAAAGUUUUUUUAAAGUAUUUGUUUGACAUUAAAAGGGUAUACAACUCUUUUAAAUUAUGAUAAUUUUGUUAUGAUUUUCUCUACUCCCGAGGAGCUAAAAAUAGAGCCCCAAUCUAACAAGCACAGGUCAAUAAAAAGGAGAGGAUAUAUUCAACUAACCUGGUAUAGUUUUAUUUGUUUCAAUUCAAUUGUAAUCUGUAGCAUGUCCGUGUAAGAACUUUGUUCACUCCCAUGAAGACUUAAACCUGCAUCCCGCGUGAGCUGUAUGAGGUGGAUGUGUUUUCCUAUGCCACGAGGAGAACUCUCGUAGUGUAGAAACUUUUGAGAGAAAUGCUCAGGUGCUGAUGGCGCAAAGUGUACAUAUGAAUGCAAAUUUUACAAGUGGCUGUACAAUAACGAAAUGAACCACAAUGAUACAUUAUUUAUUCUGGUUGUGAAGGCCUUGGACCAAUUAUACAAAA